AGGAACUGGAGUGAAAAGAUCAGUGGCUGAUGAUGUCUGCUAAAACUAACAACACUAUGAACGUCUGAACAGUAGGGUCUAAUACGGUAAAUGGUUUUGUACGGUGUGUUGUUUUUUCUUAUUUCUUUGUUUUAGUCUGAAACGUUUGAAUUGACUGGAUCUAGUAAAGAGAAAGAGAAGGAGGCAGGCCUGAGCUGUAACUAUGUGGGUGAGUUAGAUGACGCUGUUAAGAUGUCUACUCUGCUCUUUCAUUUUUUUGUGGUGGACCUCUGUCUUGAGUGUUCUCUCAAGUUUAGCAUGGGAAAGUGCGUCUAGUGAAUGACACAGCAUCGGUCUUGGAGAAUUUGAAAUGGUUAAGGAAUUGAAGUUAGGAAGUCGUUUUUGAUAACAUUUCUUGUGCUUUAUGCAAUACAGUAUGUUGUGUGCUUGUAUUUAUGUAGAACUGGUUUAGACAUUUACAUUUGUCAAUAUUGUGCUUUUCUACAGUAAUGAUAUGGCCCUUUGCUUUGGCUUAGUCUGAAGCAGUUUAUCUGGCGAAGGAAGUGAGUCAGCUGAAUAAAACUUGUUCAAUAACGUUGUAGGAAGAGACUGUCACAUUUGCCAAAAAAUAUGAGUUAUAACUGAUUUUAACAUAAAUUAAAGUUCAUAGAGAGUUGGGAAGACAGUUGAGACAACUUGACAAUUUUCAUUGAGAUUUCCCUCUAUAGUUCUUGAUGUUACUUUCCAAAUCUCAGUUUACACAGGGUCUCCUAAGAGCUUGUUUGUUAUUUUAAAUUGGGUCCCAGGAAGUAAUGUGGUGAUGUGCUGUAGUUCAUUCAUUAAUGAAUUGAGACUGCCUCUAGGGAGCACUGUGAGAGUCUGUGAGGCACCAUGCCAGCGAGACAGUGACUCAGUCUAGGCUGAGCUCUUUUGGUGGUGAACUCUAUGCGGUGCUAGUCCGUGAUCUGACCUCGGCUCCAGAGCUUGCACCAGUCUCAGAGGAGCUCAACUUGAGAUCCAGAAGCCUCCUGGGUUUCAGUGAGGAUUGUGACAACAGCAGGAGAAGUGCAUUGAAAUCAGCUCAUGCAACAGGCCUCGGUGAGCUCAAACAGGACGGUAAAUCCACAUAAUAGUCAACUUUGAAAGCCUGCUGACAUAGACAUUAUUCCUCUUUAAAGUCUGCAAUGAGGGCAGUGUGUUUGAUGCUGACUGCCUUAUUGAUGCUGGAAUAUGUGUGCCGGAGUGACACCAUGUCCACCUGUAAGUCUCUGGACUUGGAGCUGGUGAAGAGGAAACGUAUUGAGGCCAUCCGUGGACAGAUACUGAGCAAGCUGCGGCUGCCCAAGGAGCCAGAGAUUGACCAGGAGGGAGACAAUGAGGAGGUCCCAGCUUCCCUGAUGUCCAUCUACAACAGCACGGUGGAGCUGAGUGAGGAACAGGUGCACACAUACAUACCACCCACUCCAGAUGCAGAGGAGGAGGCAUACUUUGCAAAGGAGGUCCACAAGUUCAACAUGAAACAAAGUGAGUAGAUAUAUCCAUGCAUGCUGUCUACGUGCAUACACAUCCUGCUGCGUACACAGGCUCUGGCUUGUCAAGUUAAAGUGGAUGCUUCUCUAGCCUCACUUCAGUCAAGUAUAGGUGUGUUAAAUGGUUGAUGUGUGUAGGGGGAUAUUCAAAGGUUGAUUAAGAUAUAAAGCCCAGCUAACCACAGGCCUUCACCAUGGUAAUUGUAUAGCAAUGCAAAAAAAGUAGGGAUUAUAUAUAUUUUGCUUGUUUCAUAAUCUUUCAUCAUCACACCCAUAUUUGGAGUGAAAUAACAUUAGACCAUAUUGUCACUUACAAUGUGGAGGGUAAGACAGAUGGAUGGGGCCAGAGGUUUCCUCUGACUGAUUACUGGGUGCUUAUUCUGGUUGUCUGAAUAGCUGGCAGGAAGGAACACUUGAUUUAGUACGUGCUGUUAAAUGACACAGAUUCUGCCCUCGAAAAGAAAAUGUCUGCUAUCUCUGUAUACCAUGAAGCAUCUGUCAAACUUUUCACAACCCUGGAUCGAGUGAUGCAGGAUGAUGCAGAGAGGGUUGGCAGACAUGCAAAUUAUUAUUAAGGCUAAUUCAACCUUGUUGCAUGUCGUGAAUAAGAUGCAUUUGAAAUGUUGCUGUAGUUUACGACUGGCAAAUGUAGAAACUGCAGUUGGUGGACCUUUUUUAGAAUGUACAUUUAUAUAAUUAUGUCCUUUAGAUAAGGUUGUUGACUGAAAAUGGGUGUUUCUUCCAUUGGUUUACUGAACUGACUGCAAUGGCCCUGUCUACUGUGUUUAAAACCACGGCCUGCCUCAGCCUUUUACCUCUCCCUACCAGAUGUUCCUUCCCUUUGCUGGGUCCUUCCCCUUUUCUGUCUAAAAGACAGUAUACAUCUCGACAGUGUAAACUUGUUGUCCAGGCAGUAACUCUGAGCAGGUUAGGUUUGCCACAGAAGCUCUCAGGACCGUGCCCUCUGAUUAGAUCCUUUUUGAUGCCGUUGGUUUAUUGUAAUACAGCAUGGUAUGAUCUGGCUUUGAGAGCAGAGCCUCACUUCCUCAGCGGCCCUGUCAAUGUGUAAUUAUUGUUACAGACUCACAGGGGUAAUUUUGGCUCCGGCGGAUAGCAUUUGAGGCCAAACCUGAAACUGCAUUCGCCUCUCCCUGAGAGUGUCUUUAUAUAACAUAAUCUAUCCACAGUAGUUUUAUUACUGGUACUAUGGUAAAAUAAAGCUUUCUCUUUCUUUCUCUAUACCCCACUCUCUUGCACUGACAGGUCCAGUAGUAGAAAGUACUAAACAUCAUAUUGACUCUCCUUCUUUCCAAGGUGGGAACACCAGUAAGCACCAGAUGCUUUUCAACAUGUCUGAGAUGCGGUCAGUAUUGGGGACUGAUCGACUGCUCUGUCAAGCUGAGCUCCGUCUCCUCAUCAAGAACCGUGGCAUGUUCGAAGGCAGCGAGCAGAGGCUGGAACUCUACAGAGGAGUUGGAGAUAAGGCACGUUACCUGAAGUCCCAUUUUGUCUCCAAGGAAUGGGCCAAUCGCUGGUUGUCCUUUGAUGUAACACAGACUCUGAGGGAGUGGCUGAAAGAGGCUGGUAAGUUACAAUUUCCUUUAGGGUUGUAGAUAUAAUUACAUAACACAAACAGUAUGUUGCAACACAGACAAUCAUAUCCUGUUACACAUCUGUGUCUGAUUGAAGUGCCACUACAAAGAAGGCCCAUGACAAAGCAUGUGAAUGUCACGAUCGUUGAGAGACGGGUCAGACCAAGGUGCAGAGUGAAAAGCGUACAUGUUUAUUUAACUCAAUAAACAUAAACAAAACAAGAAACAACGUAACGUGAUGUCCUCAGGCUAUAAACAUACAAGCCUACCAUGGAACAUAAACAAGAAACAUAGAAACAACACAUCUAGAUCCUAAACAUAGAAAUUCUAACAUAGAUCCUCACGCCCUGACCAAACCAACUAAAGACAACCAGCCUCUCAAGGCCAGGGCGUGACAGUACCCCCCCCCCCACAGGUGCGUACUCCGGCCGCACCCACCUGACUCAUUAGGGUAGGGUCCGGGUGGGCAUUCCGCCUCGGAGGCGGAUCCGGCUCCGGGCGUGACGACCUCUCCCUCUCUGCCUCCCCGUUGCGCCCCUGGUCUGGUCUGGACCUCGGCGCGAUGCUUCCAAUAUCCUUCCUCCCACGAUGCACCAAGCCCUGUCUGGACCCUGGUGUGGGAGGCCCCGAACCUGGAGAGGGGCUGACGUCUGGGCCUGGAUCGGCAAUCCUCCCGCGAUGCACCAAGCCCUGUCUGGACCGUGGUGUGGGAGGCCCCGACCCUGGAGAGGGGCUGACAUCUGGGCCUGGAGAGGAGCCGCUGACCGGAGCUGGACUGGACCCCGGUGGAGCGGACUGCUCUGGCUCCGGAGUGGAGCCGCUGACCGGAGCUGGACUGGGCACCGGUGGAGCAGACUGCUCUGGUACCGGAGUGGAGCCGCUGACCGGAGCUGGACUAGACACCGAUGGAGCGGACUGCUCUGGCUCCGGAGUGGAACCGCUGACCGGAGCUGGACUGGGCACCGGUGGAGCGGCCUGCUCUGGCUCCGGAGUGGAUCCGCUGACCGGAGCUGGACUAGGCACCGGUGGAGCGGACUACUCCGACUCCGGAGUGGAUCCGCUGACCGGAGCUGGACCAGGCACCGGUGGAACGGGCACGGGCCGUGCCGGACUGGGAACACGCACCACUGGCUUGGUGCGAGGAGCAGGCACGGGCCAGGCUGGACUGGGAACACGCACCACUGGUCUGGUGCGAGGAGCAGGAACGGGCCGGGCCGGACUGGCGACACGCACCACUGGUUUGGUGCAAGGAGCAGGGACGGGCCGUACUAGACUGGGAACACGCACCACUGGCUUGGUGCGGGGAGCAGGUACAGGGUGCGUACCGGGCUGGCGACAAGCACCACUGGUUUGGUGCGAGGAGCAGGGACGGGCCGUACUGGACUGGGAACACGCACCACUGGCUUGGUGCGGGGAGCAGGUACAGGGUGCGUACCGGGCUGGCGACACGCACCUCUGGUUUGGUGCGAGGAGCAGGGACGGGCCGUACUGGACUGGGAACACGCACCACUGGCUUGGUGCGGGGAGCAGGUACGGGGUGUACUGGGCUGGCGACACGCACCACUGGCUUGGUGUGGGGAGCAGGUACAGGGUGCGUACCGGGCUGGCGACACGCACCACUGGUUUGGUGCGAGGAGCAGGGACGGGCCGUACUGGACUGGGAACACGCACCACUGGCUUGGUGCGGGGAGCAGGUACGGGGCGUACUGGGCUGGCGACACGCACCACUGGCUUGGUGCGGGGAGCAGGUACAGGGUGCGUACCGGCCUGGCGACAAGCACCACUGGUUUGGUGCGAGGAGCAGGGACGGUCCGGGCCGGACUGGGAACACGCACCACUGGCCUGGUGCGGGGAGCAGGUACGGGGCGUACCGGGCUGGCGACACGCACCACUGGUUUGGUGCGGGGAGCAGGUACGUGCCGUACCGGACUGAAUACACGCACCACUGGUUUGGUGCGGGGAGCAGGCACGGGCCGUACCGGACUGGGAACACGCACCACUGGCUUGGUGCGAGGAGCAGGCACGAGGCGUACUGGACUGGGAACCGGCGCUGGAGGUCUACGACUGUACCAGUCCUUUACUCUCCGCGCCCAGUCCUCCUCCAGUGAGGACUCCUCCUUGAGCCCCCACGAGUGCAGUGGUCGGGGCUCUUCUCUAUCGAUCCCCGACCACCCUUUUAGCCCCCCCAAAAAUAUUUUUUGUGGCUGUCUCUCGUGCUUCCUCCUCAGCCGGCGCCUUCUGUGUUCCUCUCCUGCCUGGGCCUCCUCCUUCGCCCAGGGUCCUUUACCUGCCAAAAUCUCCUCCCAUGUCCAAAAACUCUUCCCCACCUGUGUCCAGGGUGUCUGCUGCUCCUGGGCACGCUGCUUGGUCCGUCUGUCACGAUCGUUGAGAGACGGGUCAGACCAAGGUGCAGCGUGAAAAGCGUACAUGUUUAUUUAACUCAAUAAACAUAAACAAAACAAGAAACAACGUAACGUGAUGUCCUCAGGCUAUAAACAUACAAGCCUACCAUGGAACAUAAACAAGAAACAUAGAAACAACACAUCUAGAUCCUAAACAUAGAAAUUCUAACAUAGAUCCUCACGCCCUGACCAAACCAACUAAAGACAACCAUCCUCUCAAGGCCAGGGCGUGACAGUGAAAGAACUGUCCAACAGACUUUUACACCUAAAACAGUAUACCUAUUCCUUCAGGUUUAAAAAAAAAUGUUUCAUACACCAUUAUAUUAGCAUUUUUGCAACACUUUACAGGAGAGGAGCAAGGAUUUCAAUUGAAGUUGCCUUGUGAUUGUGGGAAACCAAUGGAGGAAUUCCUCUUCGGAAUAGCAGGUAUUUGCAGUUUACUCUAUUCACUAUAUUGAAAUCAACUCAAGCCAUAAGUUUUCUGCCAAAACCUCCACUGUGAAUCUCUUGACUGACAGGUGGCAAUGUUUUAUACGAUAGGGAUGGACAAGCUGAGGGGAGAUACAGAAACACUCUCCAUGAAAAUGCCAUCAAAGCCUCACAUUUUACUGAUGUCACUUCCUGUGGAACGCCACAGCCAGCUUAGCUCUCGGAAGAAACGACAAACCACUACUGAAGAGAUCUGCUCAGAGUGAGACUAUCCUUUAUUCCACAGGCCCAAGAUAACAUUUAUAAUGAUCAAUUCAUGUCUCUUAAAUGUGUACUAACAAAGUUAAUCUCUUUUAGCAGAUAGAUAUAUUGUACGCCUACUUAGAGAUCCUGUUAACACCCUCUUAACGCCCUCAUAACGCCCUGUUAGUGCCCUGUUAACUCCCUAUUAACGCCCAGUUAACUCCCUGUUUGUAAGAAAUAAGGUGUAUAACUCACAGGUGUAUGUACCCCCCAGCAAAUCGGAGAGUUGCUGUGUGCGAAGGCUUUACAUUGACUUCCGUAAGGACCUGGGCUGGAAGUGGAUCCAUGAACCCACUGGCUACUUUGCUAACUACUGCAUGGGCCCCUGCACCUAUAUAUGGAACACAGAAAACAAGUACUCCCAGGUAAUGCUACCAGUCAUGUUUCUAUAGGCGUCCCUGUUGUUUACUGUCUUUAAAGGAUAUGUACAGUUGGGGUUUUCAGUAAUCAGACACUGUAUAGCCAUGGGGGAGAUUGAGACAAGAUACAGAACGAGAUGGUCUGUUCAGUGAGAUAUCUAGUGUUGUUUACCCAACCACAGGUACUGGCUCUGUAUAAGCACCACAAUCCUGGAGCCUCUGCCAAACCCUGCUGUGUUCCACAGGUCUUAGAGCCCCUACCCAUUAUCUAUUAUGUGGGGAGACAACACAAGGUCAGUGAAUACUGCAUGGUUAGAAGUAUCAAAUCAAAUUCUCAGAACAUUGUCACUGAAUUGAAAUCAUAGACAACACAGCUGCUGGGUUUUCAUUAUUCUUUACAAUGUCUAUCCAUUGAAUGUACUCUUUUUUUUCUCCCACAGGUGGAGCAGUUGUCCAAUAUGAUUGUUAAGUCCUGCAAGUGUAGCUAGAAUUACUGUACAUAUCCCUCCCUUUUCUUGUCCAUCGUAUUUCCUUGUACUCAUGGAGAUACAAAAUGGGGGCUGAUCCUUUUUGAUGCCACUGGUUUAGUGUAAACUGCUUGUCCCUUGGAAAUCAAGAUGUAGUCAAGACAUUAAUUUACGAAGGGUACUAAUAUAAUUUGAUAUGUUUGGGUGGUGUCUAGUCUGCAUUUUUUAUUUAGCUUUUCCCAGCAGAGAAUUUGUUUAUGUUUAGUGAUUUGUUAAUGUUUUCUUAUUUUAUUUUCAAUAUAUGUAGUGGUUUAUGGAGUUUUAAAAAAAAUGUUGUUUAGACUUGUCAAUAGUCUUAUCUUACUGUCACUGAGUUGCAGUAUUUGUGCUCCCUGGGAAGUAU